CUCGUGGAAGGUGUACGAUGCCAGACGCGCGUCACCCACUACGAGGGUAGGACGUACUUUCGUUCGGUAUUCUUGUAAACUCACGUAACCUUUGAAGUUCAAGAGGACUUUCGAAUACGAAAUUUUUCAUCGAAAUAAAAAUGGCUACGGAAGCUGCUCAACUACCUCAUUUCGAAGUUUUCCAUCGUGUUCUCGAGCUUCCAAUGAUUGAAAUGGCUUUAACCAAAUCGGUAGAAACUUAUAGUAAGUUAAAAGAUUCCCAUUGGUUAGUACAUUGGGCUCUAACCACGGCUGAAAGUUCUUUCGAGAGUGCUACCAGACAAGCUGUACCCAUAGCGGCUCCCCUAGCUAAGAAACUCGAGAAUCCUAUUCAUUUUGUCGACCACACGCUCUGUCUCGGUCUCGACAAAAUCGAAGAAAGAGUACCAUUGGUGAAGGAGAAACCCGAGCAGAUUUUAGCGAAUGCCUACGGCCUAGCCGUAAAAAAAGUUCAACCAGCAGUUUCCACGAUUUAUCAUGUGAACGGAACUUUGAUAGAACAGGCUACAAAUCUGAGAGAUCUCAGCUGGAACAAAGCGAAUCAAAUUUUGGAAACUCAUUACGGUACAGCAGCUGUGAAAGGUUUGGACAAUACCGCAAUAGUCGUGGACAAUUUGAUAGACGUAUAUUUUCCUGCUAUUGGAGAGGAAGAUCAAACUGAUUCUACGAUGAAGACGGAAGAAGAGGACAAACUUCUUCAUAGUUUGCAAACCGUUGGCCGCUUAUCUAAUAAAGCAGCUCGACGUGUCUAUAUAAAUAUGUUUCAUCGUACAAAAACCCUUAGCAAGGACAACCUAAGAAGAUAUAUCGCUUUUCUCCUGGAAUUUUUACAACUUACACAAUACAUACAUGCGAUCAAUGAAAAAGUGAUCGAAUUAACCAGUCCUCAUAAAUGCGAGACCGUCAACAAACAAACGUCGAAUAACCAGAAUUCAAAUUCGAAAUAAUUUGUAAUAAUUUACAUUUUUUUUAUCUUUAUAAGCAUUUUUUAUCAUGAUUCAUUAUAUUUUGAUUAUAUAAUUAAUAUCAUUUAACCAAAUGUAUUUCUCUCGGAAAAGUAAAAAUAUUGUUCGUAAGAAAAAAAGAAAAAAGAAAAGGGGGGAAAAUAUAAAUCGAUUAAUACAAAUCUUACUCUCGAAAAACGAUCUUGAAAUUUCUGCUUAUAUCAUAUUGUCGUCCGCAUUUCAAAUUUUUCCGUGAUGUACUUCAAAUUUCUAGUCCAAAGUCCAACGCAUUAAUCUAUAUGUGUCGUGUGUGUUCAAUUUGCGAUAUUAAAAUGAGGAUAAUAGACAGGUUCCAAAUCUAUAUAUGUAAAUCAUAAACAGAGAUAAGUCGAAGAGAAACGUUUCAACCUUUGAACAUUACAUUCGAAUGACAACGCUAAGUCUGUCAGACUUCCCUGUGUUAUUGAUUUUCGUUAUCUUAGAUAUAUCAAUCAGAUUAUUCAUAAAACCAUCUUCUUUAUUAAAUACGUUUAAAAAAAAAAAA